GUGGUUAAACACACCAGUCAGACAUCUCUGUUGCCGGCAGGCUGGGCGCCUAUACGGACAAUAAUCGGUGCAUCCAAGGGUGGGAAUGCUGGAGGGGUUUAUCAUGCUGCUGUAAUUACGACCUCUGCUGGCUGAUCGAUGGAGCUGCACUGAUACAGGGGAUAACGGAGAUUAGUGUGUGACUCUCCGUGCACGAUACGGAUCUCCAUAUGACCCCACCACAGUCUCUUGCAGGUGAAAAGAAGUGGUGAUAGUCACGGCCUUUCUCGGGCAAGACUGGAGGUCUGCAGCAGUAGAUGACAUGAAACGCUAUCAUGUAAUUUCAUAUGACUAGAUUAGGAGGACAGCUGGAAUGAAAAUGCAUUUAUUACUGUCAGUCAGCAUUGUCAAUACUGUUUCAAGCUUGCUGCUUAGUUGCACAACCCCCAAAAAGCAGGUUCGAAUCUCAAAACGCACAUCACGUGAUAGCCUCCUGUCCUCCAGGCCAGCAGGUGGCGGAAACACAGCAGAGAGCAAAAGUGGCGACCGGCGAAACAAAACAGUAGCGAGAGAAACGUGGUUCUCAUGUGAUAAUCUUUAGUGUUUGUUUAUAAUAUGAUUAAUAAAAUCUGUGCUCGUUAAUUGUGAUUUUUGGGAGGUUUAUACAGCAUGGCUCUGUAUAUAAAAGCAGCAGAGAUUCUGGAGAAAGUGGAGCGAAAGAAAGGAGCUGUUAAAACUCUGGUGUACGACAGUAAAUAUCAGAAUAUAAAGCAGCUGUUUGCUCUGGUGUGUGAGACUCAGAAAUACAGUGAAGUGCUUCAGGAGAUAAUAGACACAACCAGACUACUGAAGGACACCAAACUCAGGAUUCAUUUAGCAAAGGCUUUGGUUUACGACCUGCUGAUCGGUCAGGGUGUAAAAUGUGGAGGAGCCUGGAAAGCUGUGAUGUUGAAGCAUCGCUCCAGACUCCAGGCUGCUUUGGCUCGGAUAAAGGUCAGACAGAAAGUGAGCCGGAACGAGGACCUGCUUCCUCCCAGCAUGCAGAAUAUCGGCGGUGUGACUAUUCCGAGGUAUGUGCGCGUUAACACGUUAAAAACGACGGUGGAGGACGUCAUCGACUACCUAAAAAGAGAAGGAUAUUCGUAUCAUGGAACGGCAAGCAGGCUUGAGGAUUUGUACCGUCUGUCUGGUAAAGAGUUCCUGAAAGAUCUGCACCUCAGAGAUCUUCUGGUCUUCAGUGCAAAAAUGGAUUUCCACGAUCAUUACCUGUAUAAGGCGGGGCACAUCAUCCUGCAGGACAAGGCCAGCUGCCUCCCCGCUCACCUCCUCGACCCGCCGGUCGGAGCUCACGUGAUCGACGCCUGUGCAGCUCCUGGGAAUAAAAGCAGCCACCUCGCUGCCAUCAUGAAAAAUAAAGGAAAACUCUUCGCCUUUGACCUGGAUGCGAAGCGUCUGUCCACCAUGAGCACGCUGCUGCUCCGCGCCGGGGUCACAUUUCAGCAGCUGGCCAAUGAGGAUUUUCUCAAAGUGGAUCCGCUUUGCCCGGCGUACAAGGACGUGACGCACAUCCUGCUGGACCCGUCGUGCAGCGGAUCAGGGAUGCUGUGCCUGUCGGACGGCGGCUCCGAGGAGCAGCGGCGGGACCCCGAGCGUCUGCAGGCGCUGGCUGCGUUUCAGCUGCGCUGUCUGAACCACGCCCUGCGGUUCCCGCGGCUGCAGCGGCUCGUCUACUCCACCUGCUCCGUCCACCGGGAGGAGAACGAGGAGGUCGUGUCGGCGUGUCUACAGAAUAAUCCAGCGUUCGGACUGGUCCGUCUCCUUCCCGAGUGGCCUGAACGGGGUCUGGAGCCACUGGCGCAGUGUUUGCGUGCCAGCGUCACGAAGACGUUAACUCACGGGUUCUUCGUAGCCAUGCUGAAGCGGCGGCUACAAACACCAGGUUCUUCCAUGGAGCUGAGCUCUAGGGUGACGCCUCCUGCUCAGGAGGAGCGAGCGGAGACCUCUGUGGAGGACCAACCGCCCCCAGCAAAGAAGAAAAAGAGGAACAGAAAGAAACCCAAAAAGCAAGGAACCUAAAAUGUGGUUUGAUUCCGAGGACGCUGGCAGCGGUGUGAUGCACGACUGGUUAUGUGAAAACUAUAUAUGAGAGACAGAACUGCUGGAUCUUUCAGUGGCUGUUAAAUAAAUGUUUUUAUUUUA